CUCUAUGGGCUGCCAAAACACAGACGGGCUCUGUCAUAUCCUGGAGGCUGAUAAUCACUGAAGAUAACUGAAUGGCUCCACCAUCAAACUGACACGGGUGAUAACUUUGAGAAACAUCAGCUGCCUCCUGACUGGGACUUAAGAGACUGGACAUUUCUGAUCAGCAUAGAUCAGACUGGGAUCCAGAGAGGUGGAGACUAAUUUUCUGGGGAGCGUGCGGCUUGGCAGAGCUACAGCCUGUUGACUAAUGGCGAUUAACACUGAUGUCGAGGACUGGGGCGCAGUUGGGAGUAAUGACUCCGGGGAAAGGGCGUGGCUCUUGCAGAGCCCCAGCGUGGAUUCUGUCCGGCAUCUUGAGACAGACACAGAUAGGAGCGGGGGGGUGUCGUCUUGGGCAGCGGUCUUUAUUGUAGUGAAUGCAGCACUGGGAGCCGGUCUGCUCAAUUUCCCUGCAGCCUUCAGUAUGGCAGGAGGAGUGACUGCAGGAGUUAUGCUUCAAAUGUUUAUGCUGAUCUUCAUAAUCAGUGGACUGGUGAUCCUGGGCUACUGCUCCCAGGUCAGUAAUGAAAGCACCUAUCAGGAGGUUGUGUGGGCCACCUGUGGGAAAGUGACAGGAGUCCUAUGUGAAGUGGCCAUUGCUGUGUACACCUUUGGCACUUGUAUUGCGUUCUUUAUUGUCAUUGGAGACCAGCUGGAUCGCUUGAUGGAUGCAGUGAAUGUUGACACAGCUGAUCCAGUCAGUGGCAAUUGGUACACUGACCGCAAGUUUACCAUCUGUGUUACUGCAUUUCUGAUUAUUCUUCCUCUCUCCAUCCCCAAAGAGAUUGGCUUUCAGAAAUAUGCGAGCGCACUGAGUGUGAUGGGAACCUGGUAUGUGACCAUCGUGGUCAUCAUUAAGUACAUCUGGCCAAGUAAAAAUAUGACUCCGAGCCACAUUCCUGACGGUUCUGCUUCCUGGACUGCAGUUUUCAAUGCAAUGCCCACCAUUUGCUUUGGUUUCCAGUGCCACGUCAGCUGUGUGCCGGUGUUCAACAGCAUGCGCAGAAAAGAGAUUAAACCUUGGGGAAUUGUGGUCACUUUUAGCAUGAUCAUCUGCCUCUUCGUCUACACAGGGACAGGUGUCUGUGGCUUCCUGACAUUUGGCUCCAAUGUCAGUCAGGAUGUGUUGAUGUCGUACCCUCCGGAUGAUAUUGCUGUGGCCAUCGCGAGAGCUUUUAUUGUCAUCUGUGUCAUCACCUCCUACCCCAUCUUACACUUCUGUGGCAGGGCAGUCAUAGAAGGACUUUGGCUGCGUUUUCAAGGCGAGCAGGUGGAGGUGUGUGUGCGCCGUGAGCAGAGGAGGAGAAUCCUGCAGACACUGGUGUGGUUUACUGUCACCCUUGUCCUCGCCCUCUUCAUCCCAGAUAUUGGUCGGGUGAUCUCGCUGAUCGGAGGAUUGGCAGCCUGCUUUAUCUUUGUCUUCCCAGGUUUGUGUUUGAUGCAAGCCAAGCUGUCAGAGACAGAUAGCCGAACUGCAAGUUGGCAUGGAUUGGUGAUCUUCGGUGUUGUCAUGGUUACGAUUGGAGCUUUCAUCUUUGGUCUCACCACGUCCAACUCCAUCUAUAAAGACAUUGUCAGCUAAAAGGAACAGAUUUAUCAGCAGUGUUUAAG